UAUUUGUUACUUUAAUGCAUGUUUUAGUGUAUUCUUGACUGAUAUUAAGUCCUGAGAUUAGAUUGGAUUCAACUUCAUUGAUACCACACAGGGGAAAUUGAAUUAUGGCUGCAACACGAGAACAGAAUAGACUGCACAAUUAAAAAGAUUCAAUAAAGCGUUAAUUUAGAUUUUGUCUGUAGUGGGCGGGGACAGCGAAUGUAAACAACAUGCCGCAGAGCGAUGGAGACGGAUCAGAGAGAGGGGCAGUGAAGCACCGACAGAACAUGGUGACUGUACUGUCACAGCUGGCCGAUGAUCACUUGACCUUGCUACGGAACAUCAGUACGGGUCUGGCCAUUGCCGGAGUUCUGCUGAUCUCCCGAAGCAUCAGACUGCUCACUAAAUUCCAGGCUGCGUCUGAGAUUCCAGCUCGGUUUAUAGAGCGCAAUGUCAGCUUACGAGGAAAAGUUUGUGCUGUCACAGAGAAAGGACUAGAAGUGGAACAUGUUCCUAUUUAUCUGCCAGUCCUCUCGCCAUUAUUCCAUAAACCCCAAGACACAUCUGCUCUGCUGGUGCAUCUGGCAGGAGUGGAUUUAACUUCAGAAGGGAGAACAUGGCUGCUGGAGAACCUGAGUCCUAAUCAGAUAGUCUGGUUUAAACUGAUCAGCAGAGAGGACCACGUCCUGCACUGCCUUGUGUCCCAGAACAAGCAGGUGCUCAUGUGGAACUGCAGUCUGAAUGAGCAGGUCCUUAGCCUGGGUCUGGCUCGGACCGCUCCGGUCCCUUCAGGCCCCUCAGUCCUGACCCAGUCCAGAUUCCUGUGGCGUUUACAUAAACGUCUACACAGAGCUGAGGUCAGUGCAGAGAAAAGAGGGCGUGGCCUGUGGACAACGAAACGGCGCAGCACGUGGGACCGAGUGUCCACAGUGUUAUGGGAGAGUCCAGGACUCCGACUCAUCAGGAGGAUGUUCAAGAGGACUUGACUUUUUUUUCAUUUGACUGAAAGUAAACACUGAAAUACUUUACUCACUCAUACUGAAGAUGAAUAUUUUUAAGUGUAGGUAAGUAUACAUCCCUGCUCUCUAUGAGGACGAACUCAGUGAUGGUUAAGUCUAAAGGAAACUAGGACAGAAACAAGGGGAAGGGGCUGAGGAGUCACAGAGAGGAGGUGGAGGGUGUAGUUGGGCAGUUAGGGGAGUUUUGUGGAGGAUAAAUGUGGGUGAAGACUGAUGUGGGGGUUUGUGGGUCAUUUGGAUCAGGACUGAUGAAUGAGCUUGGCUCCAUUGUUGUGUAAAUGUCACUGAAGCCGCUGCUGAUUGGUCAGACUGCUGCUUCUUCAUCCUGCUGCUUGUUUCAGACUCAGUUUAAGAAGAGAAGUGGGUGGGGCAAGUCCACCAUGGGAGGGGCAAGUCCACCAUGGGAGGGGCACAACCGGGGUAGAAGUGAAAGCGUGGCUCAGAUCCUCAAUCACAGAGGAAACUAUUCAAAUGAAUUGAAUGAUAACAUCCAGUAAUGUCAACUCUUCUUAUUAAAUACAGCCACACUCUCUUCCUAUUGGUUCACAGUAAUCGUCCAGUCAGUGGCCAGCUGAGAAUUGAGCUAAAGUUGCUUAUGUUCUAGGCUAACCUUUAGUCAACUCUCUGCUGUGUGUUUCUGCUAAUGUUUAACAACAUGUACACUCUCUGUUUUCUGUCAGUUUCUUUUUUUGGUGUCAAGCUUUUUUUUCUCCAUUUCAUGUGAACACUGAAUAGUUUUUGUGGAUAUUUUCUUUAUAACUCUCUUCUUAUGUAAAUGUAAAAGUGUUGUUUUAAUGAAUAAGUUCAUGUUGACAUUUGGAGCAUUUAAAAAACAUUAUACAUCCAACAUUAAAAUAUUUUAAUAUUG